AUUGAAAAAAUAAUGUGCCAACAAAAAAAAAUGGAGUUAAAACGCCCGAUUUAAUAAUGAUUUCAUUUGAAACCCAAACUUCGUUAAAAGCCCUGUCAACUAUUUGUUGCACUUGUGGUGUUCCAUUGUCAUUAACUGUAAAGUUUUCAACCGUCGACGCCGUUUCUUUUUCUUCUUCGGAGUUUGUGAGACUAUUUAGCGUUGAAUUUGGAAGCUGACCAGUUCUCCUCUCAGGAUUUCAAAAUAAGAAAAGAAAAAGCACAUAUAUGAAAAGACAGCAAUAACAACACCAAGUAUAUGCAACAAUUAAUUAAAGCCAUUUACCAAUCACUUCUCUGGAAGUCUUUGAAAUAACCUUUUGAAAAUACAGAUGAUCUUAAGUAAACCCUAUUGACAAAAAAAAAAUUGUCAUCAAUUGUUAUUGAGGUCUGUUAUACAGUUUAUUUACAUAUUUUCUUUACGUGAUACACUCACAGAAUUAGAAUAAUCUUGAACAUAUUGACUACAUUGAAGUUUGUUAUUUCUACCAGUGAAUUACCUGUACACAAUAGGAUUUAGCUAUGAUCUCCACUGAUAAACUGUUUCAGUGUGAGAAAUGUCCGAAAACUUACUGUUAUAUUUCAGGGCUGAGAAACCAUCUGAAAUUACAACACAAAAAGAGACCCAUAAAAUGUGAUGUUUGCCACAAAUGUUCCAGUAAAACUCCCACCCUGAGAGAACAAUCUACCAAGACUCAAACGAAAAGAAAGAAAUUUCGUUGCAAUAUAUGUGGCAAAUUUCUCAUGGAACAUUCAAAACUGAGGCAUCACAUGAAAAAGCGCACAAGGGGUAAACAGUUUCGUUGCAAUAUAUGCAAAUUACCUAUUAGCAUCAGGACCAAUCUGAAAACACAUCUCGGAGAACAUCCUGGGAAGAAGUUAUACCAAUGUGGAAUAUGUCAGAAGAAAUUCUCAAAAAAAUCCACACUCAAUCAACAUAUCGAGAUGCAUGCAGAGAAAUCAUUUCAGUGUGAAAUAUGUCCAAAAUCUUUCAGUGAAGCAUCAAACCUGGCCACACAUGCAAAGUUACAUGUCAGAGAGAAACCGUAUCAGUGCAAAGUCUGUAAUAAACAGUUCGUACAGAGAGCCAGUUUAAACUCUCACUCUCAAACUCACAGUGAAAAUAAAAAAUUUCAAUGUACAAAAUGUCCAAAAUAUUACGUUUAUCAUUAUUCACUGAAAAGACAUCUUGUUAAGCAUGAAAAGGAAGAUGAAGGCCAGAAAGACGAACAAGAACAAACAUAUUUGAAGACUGAGAAAAAAGUCAUUGAUGUGACCCAGAGUGAAUCAAUCAUCACAGAUGCACAUAUGUAUACUGAGAAAAAUAUGAUGUCAAUGAAGAUAUUCCAGUGCCAGUUGUGUGGGAAGGAUUUCUCUCAAAACUGUAACUUAAAACGACAUUUGAGAUUACACACGGGUGAAAAAUCUUACCACUGUAAAGUAUGUGGAAAGUCUUUUGCUCAGAACUUCAACUUUCAAAGGCAUCUCAAGUUGCACAGCGGUGAGAAACCUUUUAACUGCCAGUUAUGUGGGAAAGACUUCUCGCAGAAUUGCAAUUUACAGAGACAUCUGCGAUCUCACACUGGAGAGAAGCCAUUCACUUGUGAGGUUUGUUGGAAGAAGUUCACUCAAAGUUCUGACUUGAAGAAGCACUUACAGACACACACGGGAGAAAAACCUUUUCACUGUGAGAUGUGUGGGAAAGAUUUCUCUCAAAACUUCAACUUUCAAAGACACAUGAAAUCACAUAUUGGCAAGAAGAUGUUUUGGUGUCAUAUUUGCGAUAAUAAAUAUUUACGGCAUGAACAUUUGCAACAACAUCUAAAGAUUCAUAUAAACCAACGGUCCUUCUACUGUGAAAUCUGUGGGAAAGCAUUUACAUGCAGUAAAUAUCUUCAAAAACAUAGUCGCAUUCAUACUGGAAUAAGACCAUAUCACUGCGAGAUCUGCGGGCGGGAUUUCAUUGAAAACUCUUCAUUAAAAAAACACCUUCAAGUACACACUGGUGAAAAGCCAUUUGAGUGUAAGUUAUGUGGUAGAUCUUUUUCUCAGAACUUCAACUUUCAGAGACAUCUGCGGUCGCAUGUUGGUUUGAAGCCAUUCCAGUGUGAGAUAUGCAAGAAGAACUUCUCACAGAAUAGUAACUUAAAAAGACACAUGAGAAUACACCUUGGUGAUGACUUAUCUGGCCUCUGGAAACCUAACAUGGAAAAUGAGUUUGUGUAAUCCAUUACCUAUACCACACACAUGCAUGUUUGCACACUUACACAUAUGUUUAUUAUUGUUGUUAUAGUUCUUGUUGAGUAUCCUUGUCUGCUCUCUGCUGUGAACAUGCUGUCCUAACACUAGGUCUUUCAGCAUGUGGUUGUUUCAAAUACGGUAAGGAGAUAUUUGUGGAAAAUUUUACUGCUACAUUGUGUAGGUGGAGCAACAUUAUAGAUGAUACUACAUUUGUCCAGCACAUAGAUAUGAAGAUGUGGAGAUUAAGUCUUCAGUGUGAGGAGCAGAGCUGAGCCAGGACAAAUUGAACACAAAUCAUAUGACUACAUUCCAUUCAUAAUCAACUACAAAAUCAUGGGCAGCAGAUUUAAUUUCAUACAAUUUAAACCAGCACCUGAAUUUUGGGUGCCUUUAGCAGAGUUCACUCUUUUGCAAGCAUUUACUCUAGGACCCUCAGUUUAAAUAAAAACCUAUGUAUUAAA